UAACUGCAUGCAAGCGGCUGAUUGCAGACUGCGUCGACCGUCGGAACGGAUAGCUUCCUGUACAGUUCCCGUGCUAUUAAGUAGUAUUACAAUUCAAUUCAGAGAAUUUGGAAUCGGAGUGACUUGUGAACGCUAUCGUGAUGAUGAAGACGUUCUUAAUUUCUGCCGCAGUGCUUGUUUUUCUUUUCGGCGUCAGUGAUGCCGAAAAUUGCACAGGCUUUCCUGAAGACCUGAUCGGAAUAUGGACAUCAUCCGGAGACUCCGAUAUGAUAAACGGCAAAUACGAUAUCAAUGCAGAGAACAUGACGCGCAUGGAUGGAGGAGAGAGUUCACAAUUCCAGUGUCUGUUAUUUGAAGAUAAUACAUACGUUCUUAAAAAAAUUGGCGGAAAUGACAAACAGUACAUGUGCCUGGCCUAUAAGAAGAUCAACGACAACGCCCUCAUGACCUACACGAAGAAUGCGAAUAGUGACGACACGCCCUCAAGCGUUGGAGAUAUAUGUGACGAGGAUUUAAUGAAGUAUCCCAAACCUGGCAAUAUGCUGUACGCGGACUCGUUGGCCGCGGUGGAGUGCUCGCUAAUUGGCAAAUUUCAGUUCGACACCGAAGACUGCGCCAACAAGACGUACACUCUGGAAGCAUGUAGCGGCGACUUCACGUCGAUGACUUUCUUUGCUGCCUGCGAUGGCUUGCAAAAUCCAUUUGCAAACGGUAGCAUGGAUUGUCUGGGUAGCUGGGAUGGUGAGGAUGGGUUGAAGUACGCGUUCGUAAAGACUGCAUCUAUCGCAGACACAGACACUGAAUGGACUGGUAAAUUUGCUUGCAUGGUGAGUGUCUUACAACCAAUCUUUAUUUUGACCAGAGUUGACAUUGUAUCGUAA